ACAGUUCACAUCAAGCGCGUUCACACGACACUCGGCAGUUUGGUCUCUAUGAACAUGGGAUUGAGGGAAGAGCUCCUCAAGGCAAUAUGGCAUGCGUUCACAGCACUGGAUGUGGAUAAAAGUGGAAAAGUAUCUAAAUCACAGUUAAAGGUGCUUUCUCAUAACCUCUGCACAGUGAUGAAGAUCCCUCAUGAUCCUGUGGCUCUAGAGGAACACUUUAGGGAUGAUGAUGAAGGUCCUGUUUCCAAUCAGGGAUACAUGCCCUACCUGAACAGAUUCAUUCUGGAUAAGGUCCAGGACAACUUCGAUCGAAUGGACUUUAACAAGAUGUGCUGGACUCUCUCUGCCAGAAAGAACCUCAACAGAAACCACCUGCUUAUCUCUGAUGAUGACGCUUGUAAGAUCUGGUGCAUUUUUAACUUCCUGUCUGAGGAGAGAUAUCCAUUGGUCAUGGUCACAGAAGAGAUAGAGUACUUCCUUCGUAAGCUUACAGAGGCCAUGGGCGGCAGCUGGAUUGAGGAGAAGUUUGAAGAAUACAAGGUUCAGCUAAGCAACAGACAGUGUCUAAGCGUAUGGCAACUGAUUGAACUGGUGGGCAAGGGUCAGUUUAGUAAAGGCAUGGACCGCCAGACCCUUUCCAUGGGCAUCACUGAAGUGUUCCAGGAACUUAUUCUGGAUAUGCUCAAACAGGGCUACAUGAUGAAGAAGGGCCACAGAAGGAAGAACUGGACAGAACGAUGGUUCCUCUUGAAGCCCAACAUGAUUUCAUACUAUGUUAGCGAAGAUCUUACAGAGAAGAAAGGAGACAUACUACUAGAUGGAAAUUGUUGUGUUGAGUCUUUACCGGAUAAGGAAGGAAAGAAGUGUCUUUUCUACAUCAAGUGCUCAGACAAAAGCUUUGAGAUCAGCGCCUCAGAUAAGAAGAAAAAACAAGAGUGGAUUCAAGCUAUUCAGACUUGUAUCACGCUACUAAAGGUGGGGCGUCCAGCUCCGCACCACGAGGCGCGACAAAAACGACGCGAGAUGCGGGAAAAGCAACAGGCCGAACAGGAGGAGCUUGAGCUGAGGAUGCGAGAACUGCAAACAGCCAAUGAAAACAAACAGAGAGAACUGGAGGCCUUGAGGAAGAAACUGGAGGAUGCUGCAACGAAUGCAGCAGAAGAGGAGCACAGACGUCUGCAGACCCAGAACGAGCUGCAGGAUCUUUACAGGGGCGAAAUGGAGAAAGAGAAAAUGGUUCGCCAGCAAAUGGAAGAACAGGUGGCUCAAAAGUCCAGUGAGUUAGAGCAAUACCUGCAGCGCGUGCGUGAACUGGAGACUAUGUUCCACAGCUUAGAAGAAGCACUAGAGGAGGAAAAACAGGCCAGGCAAGACGAGGAAAUUGUCAGAAAACUCCAAGCCAGGCUUUUAGAGGAGGAGGUAUCUAAGCGUGCAGAGCUGGAGCAAAUACACUUGUAUCAACAACAGACCAUUUCUCAGACCCAGGCAGAGAAGCAGGAACUGGAACGAGAAAGACUGGCAAAGGAGAGCGCACUGCAGGAUGCCAUGCACCAACUGCAGCAGCUAGAGGCUGACAGGCAGGGUGCAUUGGAGCAAUAUGAGGAGGUGAUGAAGAAACUUGCAGAUGCUGCGAAUAAUACAAAGAGCUGGAAGGACAAGGUGGCCCAGCAUGAGGGUCUCAUACGGCUCAUUCAGCCAGGCCCUAAAUUCCCUCAGAAGAUCACUAAUUGGGGACCCGCGUCAUUCACAGAUACAGAACUGAGCUUGAGAGAGAAAGACUGGCAGGAAAAGAAAAGCAAGUCUGCUUCCACCCAGUAGUCCCCUUCAAGUGCCCUGUUAAAGCCACAAUAUGUAAGAUUUUUGUAAUAAAAUAUCCAAAACCACUUGCACAGUUUGACAUAUUUAAUGCACUCACGUACUUACAUUAUCCCAAAGUUCCCAAAUUGUCGCACUUUACGUGACUUAAUAUCUGCGUUAUCCUCAGUUUCUGGUUGUGGAAACACAACACGAGUGGACACAGAAGUGGCGGAUAUACAACACCUAACACACAGCCGUUGUGCCUUGCAGCUAAUUCCAGGGUUCCCACGGUCCUUGAAAUCCUUGAAAGUUUGUUAAUCUUGGGGAAUUUUUUUUGCAUAGUUGUGCUUGGCACAUGAAAACGUCCCGGGUUACGCAUGUAACUGUUGUUCCCUGAGAAGGGAACGAGACGCUGCGUCUCCCUUGCCAUACUUCCUGCGUCCCUGUAACGCCGUCUUUGGCAAUAUUUCAGAUAGCGAUAUACUUUCUGGCUCCAGUGUCUCCCUGUCUUUGUCGUUAAGCCUCACCAUUGGUUGAAUUUGAAAUACACAUUCAGACGCACUUACCCCUGGAGGCGUCCCCAAAAUGUUAUCGCAGUGACGCAGCGCGAGUUCCCUCGAAAGAGAACCGUAACAAUCUAUCUUAAAAGGUAACACAAUGAAACCUUGCUCUCACUUGGAAUGUGUCCCCACAUUUAUUCCUUGAAUUUGAGGGUAUUGGACCUGGAAAGUCCUUGAAAGGUCCUUGAAUUUGAAGUUAACUAAGGUGUGGGAACCCUGUAAUUCAUUAUGUAAGAAAUAAUUGACAAUGGGUUGUUGAAUUAUUCGAAAAGAAUGCACACCCACCCAAGGUGAUAAUGCAGGACAUAAUUCCGUUUAUAUUUAUUUGAAGACAUUUGCCAGAUAAGUUGCGCUUUUACAGAAAAAUAAUCAACACCCUUGGAACAUCUCUCAUCCAAUCAGAAUAAAGCAUUCAACAGCCCCGUGGUAUAAGAUGUUAUAAAAUAAUGUGAUCAGAUGCACAGGUAAAAACAUUAAUUCAUUACCUCAUCUGUGAACAUGAUUAUUGAAUUCCAUACAUUUCUGGAUUUCUCCCAUUAUUACAAUCUCCUUCAUAACGUCAUUAAGUUUUGCCUGUGUUAUAGUUAUUGUGAUGUAGCGACCUCUAGUGGUAAAAAUCUACAUAUUGUGGCUUUUACACACAUUUACAAUAGACAGAAUCACAAGUGAAGUACACUGCCUCUCCUGAGUUAGUCUUUAAACACACUAAAACAAAAUUGUAUGUAGGCCUACAUGACUUUACAUAGGGUAAAGUGUAGUCUGGCCUAAUCUAAAGAUGAUGUACCAUUCCAAACUGUACUAUAACAUUCCCGUGUCAUUUUUCCACUGCACUGAAGUGAUUUUAUACAUUUGACUUUUUGUAUGCUGUUUCACGUUAUGUGAAUAUGUUCAUUUAGGUGCAUUUUCACCAAAGUAAUGGCAGAUGUUUUUGUACCCGUAGUUUAUAAGUAAACUUUAUUAAUGUCAAGUGUCUAAAUAAGAGGACAUAACUCCACUGACCAGGUAGUAUAUUUUUUCAAAGAACAUGUUAUUCACUUAUGAGGCAUUGUAAUCUGUAAUUUAACAAAACAUUUUCAGCAGUUUAAAAAAGCAUCAAACAUUUUUCAAUUUAAUUUUUUUUGGUCUAAUACAGUGUGCAGAACAGACUAAUGAUUUUUAUAUAUAAUUUAUUUUAUUCAAAACAUUGUAAUUAUUUUAUCAGAUGUUACCUUAAUGAAAAGUAAGGUUCUCACUGAAGGAGACACAGUUGCAGUAUUUACUAAUGAUGCAAAUGAAGUUAUUAACAAAUUGUUUUAAAUGAAACAGUUUAUGUGUAUCUUUUUGGGAUUAUGGUCAACAUUGGUCAACAU